UCCUCCUCAGUCCCCCGACUCCGUUACUCUCUCGUUCUCUUCAUCCCUUUCACUUUUUUUCAAAGCUUUUAUUCUAUCCGGCAAGAUGGCAGAUUGGGGUCCUGUGUUAGUAGCGACGGUGCUGUUCGUUCUGCUUUGUCCUGGACUGCUGUUUCAAAUACCCGGGCGGAACAAGGUUGUGGAGUUCGGGAACAUGCACACCAGUGGAGCUUCGAUUGUUGUACAUGCUAUUAUCUACUUUGGUCUCAUUACUAUAUUUUGUAUCGCCAUCGGAGUUCAUAUCAAUGCUUCUCAAUGAUGUUUGAUUUUGUAA